GCAUGUGUGUGUGGGGGUGUGUGUGUGUGUUAUUCAGCAGACAGUCAGUCACACUGCAGCUCGUCCUCUGUGCCACAUGGGCAACGCAAACAGAUUUCAGGCGAAAACAAAAACGGUUUUUAUGUUGAUAAUCACCUUGUAGCGCUCGGUGAAGCCCGUGCAGGUGACCCAUGUAUGUGGGAGACCCCGUAGUGUUCGAUUCCUGUGUGGUUGUUACAGGCCGGGGAGCAGCAACCAAAGCCCCGCAGAGAAACGCUCGUUUCGUAGCCUACCUUCUCGGCUCUCCCAGUGGAUUUGACCAGUAUUUACAUUAUUUAUCAGGACUUUCAUCGCCUGCUGUCGUUCCUCAGACUGUCUCCGGUUGGAUUUAACCCAAACUAACCCUAACUGACAGCCAGCUGCUUUCAUUCAACCAUCUCAACUUCUACAUUUCCGCAUUUUGACGUCUGAUGCUGCGUCUACCCGGCAGGUCCUCGUGCACCAGUGUCUCCAUGGUGAAGUGGGCGGGGUCAGAUGUCGGCGCCCGCUCUUGAGGACCGCGCCGCCGUGCCCACCAUGGUUUCUCGGCUGCCCAAGUUCGGCUCGCGCCCCAAAUCUUCCACGCUGUCCACCGGCGGCGCUCCCAUGGGUCAGACCGCCACCACCACCACAGCUGCUGCCGCUGCCGCCGCCCAGAGCUCCGGCACGCGCCUCACCAACGGCUUCUACCACCACCCGGGCCCCGCGGCGGGCGGCAACGCCACGACCACGACCACCCCCGCUGCCGCCUCCGUCAAGCACAACAACUUCAUCAGAGCGCCGACGGCGAUUUCCGUGAAAUGGAGGAAAGAGAACGAGACGGUGGAGGUGAAGGAAGGAGGAGAGAAGGGAAAGUUCGGGAGUUGUUGCUCCCAACCGCAGCCGCGCUCGCCGGUCAAAAAGACGGGCGCACCUUCGCCAGGAAAGGGGCGUGGUGGUUUUGGUUUUUCUGUGACCAGUUCCUCAUCAUCAUCAUCAUCAUCGCUGUCGCUGCAGCCCAGCCAGAGAACGCUAACCGUCUCCAAAAGUGGAUCUCAGGGCUCCAAGGCGAGCCUGAGCGCUUUCUCUGGGUCCAAACUCCGGAGCGGAUCUCUGAGACAGCCUCAGAGCUUCGGUUCUCGUCCUGGUCCUGGUCCUGGUCCUGGUCCCGGCUCUCGUUCUGGUUCCCCCCUCCAAAAGACGAAGAAGAAGCCGCCUGCCAGCCGCUCCCAGUCCAGCGACAGCCUCAUCUCGGCUGGGCCGUGCGUGCCGCUCACCGAGAGCGAUCGCUUUCGGUCCCGUAGCCUCACGCAGGUCCGGCGCCAGCCCUCCCCCACCCUCACCCCUUCUCCCUCCCCCUCUUCUUCAGUCUCUCGCAUCAGGGCUGCCAGAAGCAGCUUGGCCAGACCGGUUCCUGAGGCCCCGGGGCUCAAAGUUAAAAGUUCUGGGCUCCCCUCCGCCUUAAAGAAGCCCCUGUUACCGCCCAGCCUGGGCCUGGGCCUGGGCCCGGCCUGCAAGCCCAGCGGCAUCAGCUAUAGGCUGUCGCGGCCGUCACUCACCAAGCAGCCCCGCCCCCUCAGAGUGACCGCGGCCAAUGAGACGGCAGGAGAACGGGAGGUGAGCCAAGGCCGCGCAGCGCGGAGAAACUCCGUAGAGACGCCUUCGACCACGGAGAACAGCCCGGAAAGCACCCCGGAGGCUCCAGAGCCAGAGGGGCUGUCGGCAGAGCCAGCAUCCCAGGGAGAUGUGUCCAUUGUGGGGGAGACGCUGGAGGACAUGUCCCUGUCCUCCAACUCGUCUCUGGAUAGAAACGACACCAGUCAGGAGUAUAUGGAUGACUUUGACAACCUCGGGAACGGAGGGGUGGCCAUACUGCUUCUCUCCUCUAAAAACGAGGAAGACGACUCGGGGCUCGACCAAUCGUGCGCCAGGUUUGAUGACGACAAGGUGGCCGUCAACGGUGUCGCCAAGACGACGGGACUCUGUUUCCUGGACGACGGGAUGGACUGGGCCGACUUGAGACUCGGGGGUGAGGGGGAGGAGCAUCGUCUGACCAGACUCUCCCAUCGGAGACAUCCCAGUCAGCCGGAGUACCACGAGCAGGGGGGGUCGUCCCUGGACCUGUCCCCGUCGGACAGCUGUGGCUCGGGGGGGACCUACAUGUGGGACGAGGAGGGUCUGGAGCCCCUGGGGGGGGGCGCCACCACAGCCUCCAUCCACAGCAACGCAAACACCAGCCACCACAUCGGGAGCUUCGACUCGGACCUCAACAGAUUGCGUCGUGAGGGCUUUUUUUUGUGUGACGUCCUGAACAACCUGGACUCUUGUGAUCUGGAUGAUGAUGACCUCAUGCUGGACGCAGACCUCCCAGAAGACGCAUCGCUGCACAGCGACGGAGACGGGAUAGCCCACAUGGCUCAGUGGAGGAUGAGACAGCUCUGCUGGGGAACGCAGGACAUCCACAGUGAAAAUGAAAGUGAUUUCCAGUGCUUCAAGCUAACUGAGGAUCCUGGGAAUAAGAGGACUGACACGACCGGGGACAGCGGCCUGAUUCUGGACCUCUGUCCUCCAAGGUCUCCCUGCCUGUCUCCCGGUACUCCUGGUUUGGGUCUGGAUGUGGAGGAAAUGGCUGAAGACUGUUCUGCCGUGCGAUCCCAGCUGGAGUACCUGCAGAGGAUACUGCUGCAGGAGGAGGACGUAGACGAGGACACGCUGACUACAGACACUCUCCUGAGUCCCGACAACGAGUCCUCCUCCCACAGCUCAGACACACAG